AUGCAGGAGGGAUGGCGGGACAUAAAUCAGAGGAUUUCGGUAAUCUCGAGAAUGCUUGCUCGACUAAUCGCUUUGCUCAUUGUGCUCGUCGCAUUUGCGACCGCGUGGACUGUGGACGGCGUCGAGGAUCAUCUGCCCGAGCACCAAUACUCCCGUGGUCACGAGGCGAACUUCUUCCGCCAGCGGCUUCUCUCAGCGUUCAGAAGCAUCGACCCCCAGGUCUCGGAGAGCACAUUGAACCGAUUCACAAGAUUUGUCCGCGAGGAGAACGAGUAAAGCAAUCAUGUUUAAUACCUACUGUGUGAUUGUUUUUAUAAAGUGAAUUGUAAACUGUUUCUGAGAUUGCUUAAAGCACUUUAAAACUUUGCUAGUUAGAUGUCAAAGUAUCAGGAAAUUAUAUUUUGAAUCAAAUUA